UCCGGAGCCACUCGCGGCGGGCGGCGGAGGCGCUGCCGGCGCGGCUGCAGAUGUCGGACCCGCAGGCGGCUGAGGGGCCGGGCUUCUGGGGCCCCGCAGCGGGUCGACGGGCGGCGGGCGGCGUCGGGGACGGCCCCGGAGUGGAGGGGAGCCAGGCGGCCGCCUCAGAGAAUGAAGAUCUAGAAAACACCAAGGUCAUCUCUCCACUGGCUUCUGCCUCUGAUCCAGAGCCCCAUUCCUCACUCUACAGGCCACAGAGAGAAUCUCCACUGAGCGAGGAUGCCACAGACCUGCGGAAAGCAGCCGAUGCCCUGGAGGCUCAGACCUUGGUGGAACAGGAAGUGCGGCCUGCAGACCAGGCCCAGGUCCUCAACAAGAUGGCCAAAUAUCAAGCUCCACAGAGGUCUGGCGACAUCGUUAUGAUCCAGUCUGAGCACACAGGGGCUAUAGAUAUUCUUUCAGCUGAUCUGGAAUCUGCAGACCUUCUGGGGGACCACAGGAAAGUCUCCCCACCGCUGAUGGCUCCUCCGUGCAUCUGGACCUUUGCCAAGAUGAAGGAAUUCAAAAGCAAGCUGGGCAAAGAGAAGAACAGCUGCCUGGUGGUGAAGCGGGGCGAGGUGGUGACCAUCCGAGUCCCUACCCAUCCAGAGGGGAAGCGUGUCUGCUGGGAGUUUGCGACCGAUGACUAUGACAUUGGCUUUGGAGUUUAUUUUGACUGGACCCCUGUAACCAGCACUGACAUAACUGUGCAGGUCAGUGAUUCGAGUGAGGAUGAGGAUGAAGACGAGGAAGAAGAAGAGAUUGAAGACCCUGUGCCAGUUGGAGAUGUGGAGAGAGGCUCCAGGAGCUCCCUGCGGGGUCGCUAUGGGGAGGUCAUGCCUGUGUACCGGCGGGACAGCCACCGAGACGUGCAGGCUGGCAGUCACGACUACCCCGGCGAGGGCAUCUACCUGCUCAAGUUUGACAACUCCUACUCCCUGCUGCGCAACAAGACUCUCUACUUCCACAUCUACUACACUAGCUGAAGGCCCGUGGGGACCGGGCAGGCAGUGUUUGCUGGCUGAGCAGGCUGCCAGCUGGUGCCUCUUGUUUUGGACAGGCAAGAGCUCGAAGUGGAGCGUGAGGCUCCUGACCCUCACGCCCUGCCUGACAUGCCUGACUGUUGACCCACGCAGCUUUGCCCACUUCUUGGCUUCUGCAGGUGGUGGUAUAGUGCCCCAGUUCUGUGGUCCCCGACUCACACUCUUGCUUCAGGCUCCAGCAAAAUCCCUCCAUGAAGGCACCCAUCAGGCAAAAGCCUAACAGCAGGUUGGGUGUUGUCUUUUGAAAACAGGUUUUGGUACAAGGUAUAUUACUCCAAUUGCUGCUCUCCUUUCCCAGAGCCUUUACUGCAGAGGCAUCCAGUGCACCCACUCUCUUUGUGGACGUGCAGGAGGAGGGAAAGCACACAGUCUGUGAAGGAGCCCGUUCCCUGGCUGGAGAAGGCUCUGUCCGGCCUCUCACCACUGCCAUAUUCCCGCCUGCUGGUUCUCCGUGGUCCCUGGCACAGGCCGGGAGCCCUCACGGCCUCUGAGGGGCGCCGCUAGUCCUGAUGGCUCUCCUCUGCCUCUCUGCCUCCUCUCUCCCUUUCCCAGGCCUGUGUGGUCGCCAUGACAGCAGCAACUUCCACACAGUCGAAAGUGAUGGUCAAUGUAAUUAGGAUCUUAUGGGAAGAAAAACUGCCUCCACCCCUUCCUGCUCAAGGGGAGGUGUCCCUUACCCCAGGCACCGGUGGUUGAAGGGGAACGAGUGGCAGUGGUGUGCUGGACUGACGUCAGAACCCACAUAUUUGAAAGUCAAGUGUUACUAAAUUUUUUUUUGUAUAAUCAAAGAAGGGGUACCAUCUGAGAGAGAAAGUUUAAAAACACACACCCAUAUUCACCACUGUUUUUUCCUUUCGAGGAGGAGUAUUUAGAAAGUGUGCUUUGGAACCAAUCAGACUUCCAGAGUUUCUGUCUGUAGGUUUCUUGCAUUGAGGGCUUAAUGCUUCUGGUGCUCAGUCUCUUCGGAAAGGCUUGCUGCUGAUAGGAUGUUCUCUACUAGGCCAGACCUUGCCCUUCCCUGGGGACGGCCUUCCCCACUGUGACCCGAAGCCCAGGAGUGCCGCAGGGUGCUGCAGCCAGCGGCCACCACAGCAGCAGGGUGGCAGGGCCUCAGGCAGAGAAGGGGCCCCUGCGCCUGUCAGUACCUCCUUGUUUCUUAUUCCCUGUGGCAAGUCUGUUACUGCCUUACAAUUCUGAGGAAUAGAUUUAUUUAUUACUUUAUUUAUUUUAAUUUUUUAAAAGCACAUUUCAUUUUGUCUUUGAAACGGUUUCCAUCUAUUCCUUAGAAGGCUUUCGUCUGCUCUGAGCCAUUGAGGCCACCUCUUGUAUGGAGUUGAUGACUUUAGGAGAAGCUGGGGAGAGAUCAUGUUGCAUUCCUGCAGGUCAGUCCUGCGAUGCUUCUGGAGGAAUCUGCCCCUUACGAGAUGGAUGACGCUCACCUACCCCAGCACCGCCCUGUGAGGAAGUCUGGGUUGGGAGGAAAUCUGCCCACUUGCCCCCGGUUGAGUGCAGAGGACUUGACUAGCCAGUCAGUGAUGUCCUGUGAUUCCAGGAUGUCAGUCUUUUGCUUGCUCUGAGGAGUCACCUUCUUCAGUGUUUCCUCUGGCUCAUUCCUUCCUUGUGUGGGUGCCUGGCUCCAGGCCUCCCCUCCAUGUAAGAGCAGGACACGGAGGGACAGGGCUCCUCGCAGUAGGUGUGCAGUAGCGUCUGCGUCAGGAACAAAGGGGGAUACAGCCUGCGCCUUCUCAGCCCCACGGAGGGGGGUAUUGUGGCCUGCCGUGCGCCCCGUUCUCUGAGCAGCGUCGCGCCGCCGCGAUUUUAUACUUGCCUACAUUGAGGAUCACACUGGCCAAAAUGGAUAUACCUUGUAAGAAAUUGGAAAUGAUUUUAGUGACUGUCUAGUGGGCAGCGAAAAGCCAGCUUCCUGUGCAUCAGCCCAUCAGAUAGCUGAGUGGCCACUCUUUCAUCAUUAAAGUUGAAUCAUGCCUUUGCUAAUAUAAUCUUUGUAACAGAAUUUUCUACCGAGCUGUUUUCCACUCAGCUAAAGCCUUGCUUAUUUUUUCUGCUUAUUAUUAACUUCUGACUUUCUCUUAAAAUGGAGCGGACAGGCCAUAGCAAGCUUCCUGGAUAAACUUACUGUUUAUUUUGCCGUGAGCGACUCUGUACUUCUUUUCUUUGGAACCCUGUUCUGUUGCAUCAGGGAAGCUGAGGGACUUCCCGUCGCCUCUGUGUGCCUCUGAUUGGUCACUUCUGAAAUCCUGGGCAUUGCUACACUGCACUGACAGUCAGGGUCUCCUUGUUCCAUUUGUAGAAAAUAGCUAAAAGAAGGUAUUUUUAAAUUCAUUCACUAUUCUCCUAUUAAAUUUAUGAAAUUAUUGAACUGUAGUGACGAAGUAGUAUUUACUAAAGCACAGGUAAUUGCUGAGACCUUUAUAGCCCAGCAAAUCCUAAGAGGCAGUUAUUUCCUUGGUAUCUCCCUGUCCAAGUUUACAGAACCCAACAAUGAAAUGAAAAUCCUUUGUUUUCAUCCUCACCCUGUCCUCCAGAGCACAAAUAAAUAUUAACAGUUGAAAGGGAGCACUUCAUCGUGGGAGAGAGACUGGAAUUCUCUACACUGGGUGGUUGAGUCCUUACAUUUCUUCAGUUUGUUUAGUUCUACUACUUUGUUGAGAGAUGGGGCGUUUAGAAAGGGUUAAUUUUUUUUCCCAACAUUUUACUAUGAAAAAUUUUCAGCAAAAUUUUUAAAAGAGAUAAUGAACACCCUUAGGUAUACCACCAUAGAGAUUUUAAAAUUAUAAGCUGCUAAUUUUUAAACAAAGGCUAUUCUACCAUUCUGUUCCUUUUGACAAGUGUCUAAUUAGUGUCUGUUCCGCACAGACGUCAACUCUCCUAUAUCAGGAGCUCCUGGAUUUUUGCAGACUUGUUUCAUUCAACAUGAGUUCCUGGGAGGUGGUCCUCACAGAAGUGUUCCCUGGUGUCUACCUUCCAGACUCAUCUGUAUUUCCUCUCGCCCUCAGAACGCAGUUUCUGCUGUUUCCUUCUCCAACAUGCCAGGGCUGCAGGGAGGCUAACUGUGAAGCUGCUGUGGACGGAUUUAUUCCAAGCUCUCUUGCGCUGUGAGAUCCUCAGGACUCUGGAAUUAAAGCUCAAUCCUCAGACACUAUGGAGCUUUAUAAUGGAAAUAGGUAGCAACUUGAAAAUAGGCCAUUUUAAUUUUUUUCUUAAUUGGUUCAUGCACUUUAAAAAUAUUUUUAUCUGUUAUUUGGGAAAGAACAUCUAAGACUUUUAAAAUGUAUAUAUCAUCCCCUAGAAUAUAUAUGUGGAAUAAUUAAAUCUGAAAGUUCACUAUCUUAUAUUAAUCAGUGAUAUUAGAUAUUACUGUAAAUUUAUAGAAAAUAUCUGAGUUGCUUUUUUCCCCCCAUUUUUUGUUCAGAUAGAGGGGGAGGGAGAGAGAGGAAGAGAGAGAGAGAGAAA